UGAAUAAUCUUUGGCUGUAUGUAACUGCUUUCUUGAAAGAUUCUGGUUGAAACCGCCACAGCUAACAUAUCGAGAGAGAUCUUCAUCUGACACAGCUUUCUUUAGUUGUAGCCACAGUUGUAAGAAAUUACUUCAAAGGGGGCAAGAGGUGCCCGUUCAAUCUGCUAUCUUCUAAUGCUACUAAAUCAGCAGUGGGUGGGAUAAGAAUGCCUAGAAACCAGGUUCUGCCUCUGAUGGUUGCAGAUUCAUAACAAAAUCCUUAAUCCAAAUUCUUGUCAUGUUCAAUCCCACAGAGAUCCAACUUUUGGUCAUCAAGUGUGAAAAUAAAAGAAAAGAGAAGGUACAUGUGGAGAAGGUUUGCCAGCCAACUUUGAGGAAAACCAUGUUGACAGAGAGAUAACUCCACCUUCAGGCUUCAAACCAGCUUUGAGCAGAUCAAACUGAGAAGCUCUGAAUGUCAUCAUACUAUCAAAUGCUAACGAACGGCUUCUAGUUAAAGUUGGAUACUUUGAGCUCCUCUGUUACUAGUUUAGGGUUUCUUGGUCGACGUGAUGAGUCAUCCCCGGGAUUCCACCACCGAUGCGGUGAACACCGACGAAACAGAGUCGCCCUGCAAGAAAACUCGUGGGUCUCCCUCUUCCUCCUCCUCCUCCGAGAUCGGGCAACCCUUCUUCAAGACGAAGCUCUGCUGCAACUUCCGCGCAGGAAACUGUCCGUACGUCGCGAGCGUUUGCCGUUUCGCUCACACCGUGGAAGACCUCCGUCGCCCGCCGCCCAUUCGGCAGGAGACCCGCGGGGAGAGUGGAAGACCGUACAAGGGAAGGCAUUGCAACAAGUUUAACAGCGGAGAAGGGUGUCCUUACGGAGAAAGCUGUACGUUUCUACACGACGAGGUUCCAAGAAACAGAGAGGGCUUUGCGAUUAGUUUAGGCCAUCGUGGUGGCUAUGGUGCUGGUGAUGGCGGCAAUGUUGUUGUUGUUGCUCCGUAUUGGAAGACAAGGAUCUGCAACAAGUGGGAGAUUAGUGGGUUUUGUCCUUUCGGUACUAACUGCAAUUUUGCUCAUGGAGCUUCGGAGUUGCAUAGAAUUGGUGGGGGACUUGUGGAAGAAGAAGAAGGUAAGAUCGGAACAUCUUCCACUCUUGACACAAAGAAGACAGGACAAGCUGACAUGAUGACUACUAGCCUUGUUUCUCCUGGAGUCCUGUCUCAACGAGCAUCCAAUGCCGUUACUCAGAAACCCAACGGAGUGAGAGUUCUACGGAAAUGGAAAGGACCGGAUAAAAUCAGCCGGGUUUAUGGUGAUUGGAUCGACGAUGUUGAAUAAAGUCACUGCCUUGUUACAGACUGAUGUAACAAAAGAUCCUUUUAGAGUUAUAACUAACUAUGUGAUGUAUUAGCUUCCUUCUUUUUGUUGUUGUAGAUUGUGACUCAACAAAGACAAAUAGCUUCAUCUUUUUGUUGUUGAAUCAUCUGAUUCAUUCUCUUAUGACAUUCCUAACUCUGAUCUUUGUAGUAAACCAAACCAAUGUUGACUCCAUAUCAUUAUUCUUUUCUC